AUGGUUUCAUUGGACAUUUUUUCACUCUUGAUUAUGUCAUUAUUGAUGGAUCUUGCAACUGCGGAUUCGUGCGAUAGCGAAUGGGAUAAAAGAGAGGAUGUUGAAUUUGCUGUCGGCAGACCAGCGGUUACCGAUCACUUAGGACCAGUGACUAUUGCAUCACUUGACUUGCCGCAGUUCUUCGACUGUCUACGUAACAACACUAAUUUGACGAGCAUAGUGGGAUACUUACCAGGAGUAGUCAGCAUUAACGUUAACGUAUCUAUGGGUGAGUUAGGCAAUUACAACGAAUCGCUAUUGACCAAAUGUUGCUCUACUAACGAAUUUGGCUUAACCCAGUUUGACUACCUUGUUUUCACUGAAGGUUGGCGUGAGGUCUUUACAGGUAUAGAUAGGGCUGAUCAGGACCAACAGAUAGUACGUAGUAAUAUCGCUGGCCAGAUUGGUGACGCAAAUCCAGAUGUUAAUGGUGAGCUGAGGUUGACCAACUCCACUAUAAUCAGUGAGUCACUAUACAGGCGUGGCGCAGACAUGACAAUUAAUUUGCUAGUAGUAGCUACCAAGGCGGCGCUACCAUAUUGA